CAGGAGCAGCGGCGAUUCCAUUGAAGUUCCUGGCGAUCACCUGGCUGCUGGUGGCAGUCACAACUGGAGCAGGAGCAGCCACAACAGCUGCGGGAUGAGUGUAAGCCAGAGGAGCAGUGUAGGCCAGUGGAGAAGUGUAGGCCAGAGGAGCACCCAGAAGUCCUGGCUUGGCAGCAACACAGGCAACGAUGGCCAGGAUAACAAAUCAACCAUCACUAUGUUCAAAUCCGCUGUUGUUAUCCUGGCCAUCGUUGCCUGUGUUGCUGCCAAGCCAGGACUUCUGGAUGCUCCUCUGGCCUACACUUCUCCUUUGGCCUACUCUCAUCCCGCUGCUGUGGUGGCUGCUCCUGCUCCAGUUGUGACUGCCACCAGCAGCCAGGUGAUCGCCAGGAACUUCAAUGGAAUCGCAGCUGCUCCAGUGGUUGCUCCAGUGGCUGCUCCCGUGAUUGCGAAGUAUGCCGCUGCUCCUCUGGCUGCUCCCUUGGCCUACACCUCCCCGUUGGCCUAUUCCGCACCCCUGAGCUACGCCGCUGCUCCCGCACCACUUCUUAUCUAAAUAAGGAACCUGUGAUCACCUAGAAAAAUAAACUAAAUCUUUGGAACUUAA